AUGACCGACGUGCUGGCGCCUGAAGGAUUUGAGGCGACGGACGACAUGGAAGACGCAGACCUCGUCAUCCUCAACACGUGUCACAUCCGCGAAAAGGCUGCCGAAAAGGUCUAUUCGGAACUGGGCCGGAUCCGGAAAGUGAAGCAGGAACGCGCCCGGCACGGCAAGGACAUGAUGGUCGGUGUCGCCGGAUGCGUGGCGCAGGCUGAAGGCGAGGAAAUAUCCCGGCGAGCUCCGAUCGUCGAUCUGGUGGUCGGGCCGCAGAGCUACCAUCAGCUUCCCGGUCUCCUGUCGAAGGUGCGAAACGGCAACAAGGUUGUGGAAACCGAAUUCGAUAUCGAUGCGAAGUUCGAUCACCUGUCGGCGCGCGCCGAAAGACCGGUCAUGAAACGUCCGCCUGCGGCUUUUUUGACGGUGCAGGAGGGAUGCGACAAGUUCUGUACCUUCUGUGUGGUGCCCUACACCAGAGGCGCUGAAGUUUCACGGUCCGUCGAGCAGAUUGUCGCUGAAGCCGAACGCAUGGCGGCAGCGGGCGUGCGCGAGGUCACCUUGCUGGGCCAGAAUGUGAACGCCUAUCACGGUGAGGCAAAGGACGGAUCGAUCUGGGGACUUGGUCGUUUGUUGCGCCGGCUUGCGGAUAUCGACGGCCUGGACCGGCUUCGCUACACCACGAGCCACCCACGGGACAUGGAUGAUGAUCUCAUCCUGGCGCAUCGGGAUCUGAAAAGCCUGAUGCCCUAUCUGCAUCUUCCCGUACAGUCCGGCUCCGACAAGAUCCUGAAAUCCAUGAACCGCCGUCAUACCAGAGACGAGUAUUUCCGGCUGAUCGACCGAAUUCGCGAAGCCGCUCCGGACAUCGCACUUUCGGGCGAUUUCAUCGUCGGUGUCCCGGACGAAACGGAUCAGGACUUCGCAGACACAAUGGAUCUGAUCCGCCGCGUCGAGUACGGCUCUGCAUUUUCGUUCAAGUACAGCCAACGUCCUGGAACACCGGGAGCAACGAUGGACAAUCAGGUGCCCGAAGACGUGAAAUCUGCCCGGCUCGCCGAUCUUCAGGCGCUGAUAUCCGGGCAGCAGAAAGCCUUCAACGCGUCGCGUCGCGGAAUGGUCUGCGAUGUCCUUCUCGAAAAGAAGGGACGCAAUCCAGGCCAGAUUGUCGGCAAGUCUCCCUGGCUGCAGCCGGUACAGCUGGAUGCAGCGGAAGACCUGAUCGGCAGCAUACAAGCGGAAGCGGACCUUACGAUCAGCCCGGAAAGCAAGAAAGCCAUGUCCAAGUGCACGGCGAUGCGCUCCUGGGGGUGUGACUUUGCUGACGUUGCCAGUGACUUCAGGAACCCCACCACUGACACCAGACGGAUAUGCCUUGAGAACUACAAGAAACACAACGCCAGAGUGCAGCAGGUCAUCCCACCGCACAGGAAGCAGAUUCCAGAAGGCGAGUUUCCGCACGAAGACAAGGCAGCAGACAUGUGGGUGCCAGGUCUCAUUUUCAAUUUUGCCGCCCUAGCAGACAACGUGCGGGCAGAGGAAAACAUGGAAGAUAGGAAUGUUUGCUACGUCCUGCCGCCUCACGAACCGGAGAUGCCGCUGCCCCGGUGGACACGAGUCGACGCCUCGGUUUUCGAGACGGAGGCCCAGCAGAUCACAGAUCAUCAGUACCUGCUGGCGCUCCUGCAAACCCAUGAAGAGGCCCACGGUGAGCUCCAAUGGCGUCAGCUGCAGCGAUGCCUCGGAGUCGCGCAGCAGAAAGGUAAGGUGGCUCAAGAGAGAGUGGCCCACGUGAACGAGGUCAUUCAGACGCUCGUCAGGCAGAGGGUGGUCUUGCAGAAAGGCCGGCGCGAGAAGGAGGAGGCGGGCAUGACCGUGGACCAGCUGUGCGCCCAACGCCUCGAGGAAGUCGCUUUCUCGCCAGAGGAGGUCAUGCGAUUGGUGACGUCCAGCCCGGUCAUCUCCGAGCUGGCCAAACGUCUGUUUAAGCCUUGAGGCGCAUCCGGCUCUGGUAGGGUUCCGAAGUUUUAAGCGCCGCGAGUGAGGCUCCUUGCAGCCUGAGGGGUUCUGUAUACGGAUCCCUUGGCAGAAGUGCCUUGUGCAAACA